GCUCAGUUACAGAUGUCGUUCUAUACUGUGGGCGACGCACGUUAGAUGUGUGGUGAAAAAUCUACAGUUUUAUAUAUUUAAUACGUCCUACAUCUAUAAUUUAUUAUAAAUUUUAACUUUUUAUGGUAUUUAAUGUUGACUUACAAUUUUUUUAUGUAGAGUUUGAGAUUGCAUCGAAAAAAGGCCCCCUAAACACAUCUUUGAACCGCAAUGGUUGCCGGUUGUUUUAUAUCACAAUUUAAUAAUUUCAUAGUCGAUAAAGAAUUUUGGACUUUUUUGUCUACUCGCCUGCUAUAACAUGUCAAUGUAUUAUAUUCAAGACGGGUUAUAUGAAACAGCUCAAAUUAUUAAAUUUUUUAUGUUUAUGUUUGGCGUCUAAUGGUUGUUACAAAAUCGAUUCACAUUUUACUGUCAUCACAAUUCUCAGAUUUCAAUAGGAAUGACAUGAAACCUAUUGUAUGCCAGUGUGGGGUGAAGCCCCCAAGCGAUGGGAGAGAGCGUUGGUGAUCAUAAAAAUUUUACUGAAUCAGACAUCAACAUUAAAAGAGAAAUGAUAAAAGCUGAAUUUUACAGCACAUAUGACGUCAUGACUGGAGUAAGAAUUGCGUCGACUCUGGGAGGCUUUUUCUUAAUGAUGGUUCUAUUGGUGUUAUAUAAAAGUAAAUGUAAAACCCGCUCGCUAUCCGAUCAACAUCUUGAAGCUGUCAUUAAAGCAGCUGUAGAUCAAGAAGAACAAAUGGCCGCUCUAGCUAAAAGAAGUUCAAGUUCAAGCUAUUGUUCUGGUCAUGGUCUUUGUCGAUGUUCUCAAAGAUAUAGUAUUCCCGAAAAUGAUUCUUCAAUCGAUUGUAAUAACUGGAGUCGUCAAUCUAGGGCAUAUCUUACAGAAAUGCAAUACUAUCCAUACAUGGUUUUAAAUCAUACAAAAAACAACAAACGAAUUACAACUUCGGUGUUGGAAUAUUCAUUCGAAGAGGAUGAAAAUGACGGAAUGGAAAUUCUUACAAACAACAGCUUUAGAGUAGCACAAUGGUUAGAGGUACCAGAUGGCCGAAAAUUAAUAUCCCGGGGAAAUAGUGUUAGUAGCAAUGAUACGAGUUAUUUAGAAGCUAGAGGGUCGUCAUUGAUAGUGGGACAUCCUCCAUCACCUUUAAAUCACUCGUCGUCUGCUGGUGACCCACCGUGGGAGUAUUAUUAUCCCAUUGAUAUACAAGUGAUACAACCAACCCCGUGCAUGACGCCAUGUGGUAGCCAAGACAGUUUUUCUGACGUACCACGUCAUACACAGCAAUUAUUGCCGACAGCAUCCGGCAAACGGCAAAGACAUGAUUCUCCGAGAUUAAUUGCGCCCAUAGCGUCAAUACGGACAUCUUGUAGCAGCUGCUGUGAAACCGAAACGUCUACAGCUAACUCGUCUGUGUUUGUUGAUGAUUUUAGUUGUACGUCUCCUCUAUUAGCCAACGGAACGUUUGGCUUGAACGAAUUUUCAUCGGAUAAUGGUGUAUAUGGUAGUGAGCGUCGUGUACGUGUGCGACAAAAAAGAAGAUAUUCAUCUCCUUCGGGUAACCGCGUUAACCAUAAUCAUGGAAACAAAGAUCUUGUAUUGUUAGACGACAUUUGUAGAAGUUCGAAAUCGUUUCACGGUUUUCAAAGAACUCAUUCAGCAACAAUACCGAAUACUCCGUUUGGUAAAAACGUUAUUGUCGUACAAGCUGAUGUCAACCCAGUCGCUGACACGAUUGUCAAUGCCAACUCUCUAUCAGGGUCUUUGCGCGCAUUAUAUGAUGCGUCCAAGGAAACAUUGUUUUAGGUUAUAAGUUGUUCUGCAACACGUUUUAAGGAUAUUCAAUUGAACAGAAUCCAUGACGUCAACGAGUAGCAUUGAACAUUUUAACGAACGAAAAAUCAAGUUUUUUUCGUGUUUAUGCAUCGUCCUUGUUGAUAAAAUUAUGUUUGUAUUCUCUAAAGGAGGAUACAGAAUUUCAGCUCAUUCUUUUUUAGGAACUAAUAAAUUGUUAAUGGUUGUUGAUAAACCAUAGGCGCAAUUCUGAUAAAAUUUUCGGAUGGGCUCAUUAUUUUUAUUUUUCCAUUCUUAAAUGUUUUUUAUAUUAUCUAUGUAAUUUUUCUGAAAUUAUAGAGGGGCUAAACUCUUUCUAAUUUGCGCUUAUUUUUAAAGUUUAUCCAACGAAACAUUUAUAUUAAUUAUUAUUUUAAUCAGCAAAAUGUUUUUUGUAUUUCAUUAGUUGUUAUUAUUUACAAUAUUCAAGUUAUCAGGGUUACACUAAAAAAAGUUUUUUCAUUGACAUUAGUACUCUCAUUUAUUAUUCUUAAUAUUUUUCAUUUAAAUUAGCUAAGAAGAAACUAAGAAUAUAGCAAUAAAUCAUGCAAUGAUCCAAAACUACUAUUAUAAGUAUCACAUAGUAAUAAAAAUAACUUUUCAUUUAUAGUCACAUGAAUUUGUGACUAUAAAUUUAUAAAAGUUUUUCAGUUAGUAAUUCUUAUCAAAAAUAUUGUACAUAAUUGUAUUAGAACCGUCUUUUUUUUUAAUUGUAGAUUUUUUUGUAUCAUUGAAUGUCUACUGAAAAGUAUUCGUUUUAAAUAAAUAAUUAUUUAAUAUAGUCAUUCAUUUUCUGAUUUUUUUGUUUUACUUAUGACAAUAAUUUAUUU